UUGCCUACCAGAAUGGGACAAGACCGUAUGUUGGCCUCUCACCGCAAUCAACCAAUCAGCAACCUUGCCAUGUCCACCAAUCUUUCCACAAAUCGAUCCAACGAAAUCGUUCACUCGGAUGUGUGAGAGUGAUGGUACAUGGGAAGAAGGACUUAAUUACCGGCAAUGUUUCAAGAAUAUAGGCCGAGAUGAUACAUCGUUUACACGCAAUGCAACAGAAGCACAAUUACAGUUUUAUAACAGUGUUAUAAAUGCAAAAUUAAUGGAAUUGAUUGGUCUCUUCUUGUCGUGGACCGGACUCGUGGUGGCGCUAUUCAUUUUCUAUUAUUUCAGAAAUCUCCGAUGCCAUCGAACGAAGAUCCAUCAGCAUCUCUUCAUCGCCUUCAUCUUCCGCCUCACCAUCGAGAUCAUCCUGGGUGUGGACCGUUUCAACAGCAAACUUGCCUCAUCGCAAGGAUACGAGAGGCAUAACAGUAUUCAGAAUGUGGCGCCACUUUGUAAAACUUUUGAAGUUCUGCGGGAAUACACAAGAAUAUGCACCUUCGCUUGGAUGUUCAUUGAGGGGAUCUACCUCAAUACAUUACUUUCUUCUGCUGUAUUUGGAACGCCCAAGUUCGUCCUCUUUUAUAUCAUCGGAUGGGCCAUCCCGAUAGCGUUUGUGAUCGCAUGGGCGAUCGUUAUGGAUCUCACCGCAGCAAAGCUUUCUGGAUGUUGGCAUGGUCAUGUUGAUUCUAUCUGGUACUGGGUCUUCAUUGAGAUUCCUCGCAACCUCAUGCUUGUGGCAAACGUACUGUUCCUAUUUAACAUCAUCAGAGUACUGGUGACCAAGCUCCGGGAGAGUAAUACCAGUGAUACCAAGCAAGUCAGGAAGGCUCUCAAAGCAGCUAUCGUUCUUCUGCCGUUGCUUGGGAUCGCCAACUUGGUGUGGUUGAUCCCUCGACCGAAGCCUCAAGAUGACAAGUCCUUCAUCCUCAUUUAUCAUUAUCUCUUCCUCUUCCUCGAUGCCUACCAAGGAUUCUUCGUAGCAGUUCUCUAUUGUUUUGUCAACGCAGAGGUGAGAGCCACCUUAAGACGGAAGUGGAGUGCUUGGAGGAACAGUCGAAGUCCUCACCAUCACAGAGGUCAUUCCAUCGUUACCACGGCAACAGACAUCCGUAUGUCUCUGUUUGACAAUGGUCACGUGCCAGCGGAAACGUGACAUGACAAUGGUUCAAGACAACGGCACGACAAAGGUGGCAGUCAAUAACGUGGUCGAACUCUGAAACUAUAACGGUCUCUUUCAGCGUGCGAGAAUUCCCGACGGUGUCGAGAAAAGCAGAGGAGUUGACGUCAUUGUGAUUUCGGACUAAAAUCGGAAGAAAAAACGAUGAAGAACGUCU